CUAAAAAUUAAGCCACUAAAUUGAUUUUAUGAGCUAUACUUGGUAGUUCAAGACUAUGCCUUUACAUCUGCUUGUUUCGGGUAGCGAGAAGGGUGAGGAUAGCCAUUAUCAUGACUUCGAUGAAUUAGCGGCUGAAUAUGCCACUCAAACAAACACUUCCCCCGAGACUGAUUUGGAUGGUGUUGAAGAUAAUGAAGUUAUUACCGGGAAUACUCGGAAUAUUAACUUUAUUUUGGAUCACUCAGCUUUCGUUCGUGGAAUUGGUAAUAUUAAACGUUGGUUCAAUGAUGAAUAUAUCCAAUCCAACUUUGAGGCGAAGGCUGGUGAGAAGAUUCAAUUGAAUAUAUAUAUCCCAUCCUAUACUUUACAUGAGUUUGAUUAUGUCAAGAAAGGAAAUACCAUGAUGGCUACUAAUGCCAGAGAGGCCAUUAAGUUUAUUGAUAAGUUUAUUAGUGGGGAGGUUCAUAACAAGAGACCAGUGAAUGGAGGUUCUGGAGAUAAAGGUUCAGAUGGUGUAGAUCUAUCAUGUUACCUCUACAUUGAAUCUUCACAAGAAGUUGGUCCUUCAUGGAAUGAUUGUUUGAAAUACAAGAUCCAUUCGCCGUUAGUUAAGGAAUUCCCAAACUUGAAAACCAUGUAUGAUUCAAAUCUUAUCGGACAAAAUGUGGCAUCACCAUAUGCCUCUGGCAUGGAAGUUCAACAUGAGGAUAUUGAUCAAGGAUUAGAUCGAUUCAAAAAAGUUCCUAACUUUAAAUAUAGCAGCAAAUUGAACACCAUUCAAUAUGAAAACUCUGAAUCCUAUCAACAUGCGUUGGCUCAUGCUGAUGCGGAAGCAGAAAUGCCUUAUAGAUUGAAAUAUUUGAUUCGAUCAUGUGUUCAAAGGAAAUACCGGAACAAGAUUGACGGAUUUAAGGCUCAUCCAAGAAAAAGUGAGGAGUGGAGAUUGGUAACGGAAGAUCCUAUAUCCAAGAUAUGGGUAGCAAGUUUCGGUAUUGAAUGCUUGAAUAUUAAUGAAGCCGAACUUAUGAUUUUUCAAAACUAUGAUAUUAAUCAACCGCGAGUUUCAGACCCUCAUAAGAGAUUUGAUUCCGAAGGUGAAGAGGAAGAGCCAUUUAGUAUCUUGCAAAAUACAAUCGAUACUACUGUUUAUCUGUAUUCACCCAUGUUAAACAAACAGAAAAAACCCUUUUACAAAUCUGGUAAGAAGGAUGCAAAGCAGGGUACACACGCUAGAAAGCAAGAAAAACCUAAACCUUUUCCAACGGGAAAGAAUUCGAAAAAGCCAUUUAAAGGUGUUGUUCAAGAAGAGGGCACUGGCAUUCACGGAGGUGUAGUUAAGAAAGAGAGGUUUGAUGCAAUUAACUUUGCACCAAGAGGGUCAGGAGAAUUGUGGAGACCAUAAUACUGAAUUAUUAAACAUAAAAACUAAAAAAUAUUCUACGUGCAAUAAUAAUUGAAUGAUAAUUAGGUUCAAAUAUCUCUUUCCCUAAGGAAGGUAGAAUUUGAUUUAACAAUUCCUUUAGUUUGCUUCAUAUUACUAUCUUUCAAAUAUGAAGGAUGGAAAAUGGCAAUGAUCUAGUGAUAUUUCAAACAUUUUUUGGUCUUUUCUUGAAAAAUUUGACUCGUAAGGUGUGAUAUAUGAGAGUAAUCGGAAUUUUGAGAAAAACUCCGAUCAGUACUAACAAUCUGAAUCUGAAUGUGGUACAGUUUAUUUAAAAUACAUCUUCAUGUAUCUUAAAUAACUGGGAAUUAUUUAUCAAUUAAUUUUUCCUGG